AUGAUGUACAAAUGUUCAUUUAAUGAUAUACCAUGCUCAGUGAAUGAUUUCAUUCCGUUUACAUCAUUCGUCUAUGGUCUCUGCUAUACAUUCAAUGCAGCAUUGCAAAAUAAUACCGAUCGAACUAUAGUUUAUGCAAACCAAUAUGGUGGUGAUGGGAAACUCUCUAUAGGUCUUUACAUACAUAGUCACCAGUAUGUACCUUCUCUAAUGGAAGGAUUUGGUGCUGUGGGUCUACUUCAUGAUAAUACACAACUGCCAAGUAUUGAAUCAGCUGGUGUUGAAUUAGCGUCAGGAAAAAGACAUAAGCUGGGAUAUAGAAAGAAGACAACUUAUCUACUAUCUUCGCCUUACACAACAUGCACUAAUAAAAUACCUCAAAAUAUGCAAGCCAUGCUUGAAUAUUACAAUAAUACUAAUUAUGGCUAUUCAGAAAUGUUAUGCUAUCAACUUUGUGGACAGAGUUAUUGCUCAGAAUGUUUACAAGAAUGCGUAAUAAAAGAAUUUAUUGUACAAACUUCUUCACUAUCACUACCAGGGAAAUGGGAAAUGGAAAAAAUAAAGAAGUUUGUUGAAAAUUCUACGGUUCCAUUACCGACAAACUGGUCUAGUAUAUGGGAAGAUGAAAUUCGUGAAAAUUAUCUUACUAUCAAUGUUGUACGUGAAACAAGUGUUGUCGAAAAUAGUACACAAUCAUCGAGCAUGGGUGUAGUUGAUGUUUUUUCAAACAUUGGCGGUCAAACUGGCCUAUGGAUUGGCAUCAGUUUUCUUUCUAUCAUGGAGCUAAUAGAAAUGCUCUAUAGAUUGAUUCGAAAUGAGUUUUAUAUUAUUCGAAGAAAGUUGCAAACUAAUUAA